GCAGUCACCUUUUUAGUACACCGCAUAACCUCUCUGAUUUUACCAUAACAAAACAUCUACAACUUUUCGUCGUAUUUAAAAUGAUUCGCUAAAGAUUGAGACCAAUUAUUUGAUCAAAUUUAUAAAAUGUUGCCCGCUCUGCUGAGAAGCGUAAAAAUCGGAUUUUCCAUCGUCAACCAUAAAUCAUGUCAAUUAUAUUCGCAAAAUGUAGCCGUACCUCUCAUGAGGAAGAAGCUAAAGUCCAAGACGAAAGAUGCACUGCAAUUCAUUGAUGUGAAACAUGUCCGGGUAUUUGGUGGAAAAGGUGGCGACGGUUGUGUGUCAUUCCUCUCACUAUGGUGUAAUGAGAAUGCUGGACCGGAUGGAGGCGAUGGUGGCAACGGUGGACAUGUUGUAUUUAAAUCCACUUACAAUGUCAAUAACUACAGUCACAUUCUGUCCAUAAUUCGCGCCGACGAAGGUGGUAAGGGAUAUCCGAAAAAUCAACAUGGAAAGAAUGCCGAGCACAACAUCGUACAGGUACCGGUCGGAACAAUAGUUAAAAAUCAGCAAGGAAAAGUGGUUGGCGACUUGAAUGCUGAAGGAAUGAUGUUUGUCGCUGCUAGAGGUGGUGCGGGUGGAAAAGGUAAUCGAUUUUUCAUAACGGAACAGGAAUACGCUCCAAAGAUAUGCGAACACGGCGCUGACGGUGAAGUGCUUUCAUACGUCAUAGAGUUGAGAAGCAUGGCACACAUUGGAUUGGUUGGCUUCCCGAAUGCUGGAAAGAGUACACUACUGCAAGCGGUAACCAGAGCCAAGCCAAAAAUUGCCCCAUAUCCAUUUACAACAUUGAGACCACAUCUGGGUAUGGUGCAAUACGACGAUUAUGUACAGAUAGCCAUUGCGGAUCUGCCGGGACUAAUACCUGGAUCGCAUGAAAAUAAAGGCUUGGGCAUACAGUUUCUGAAACACGCUGAAAGAUGUGCCGUACUGAUGUUCAUUGUGGAUGCAUCGUGUGACGCUCCAUGGGAACACAUCAACAUUCUCAAAUUUGAGCUGGAAUCGUUCAGUAAAGAACUUGCGAGUAGACCACAGAUUAUCGUGGCCAACAAAAUCGAUUUGCCGGAAGCUGAAGACAAUGUGCGCGUUUUGCGGGAGAAAUUUAACGUUCCCAUAUUCACGAUUAGCGCUAAAAUGGGCACGAAUGUGACUAGCCUGCUGGGUGAGCUGAGAAAAUUGUACGACCAAAUGGAGGAUCGAAACGAGACGACGGACGAUUGAAGCGUAAACAAAGUUUGUAAUUCAACAACAAAAAAUAAAUGACAAAAGCUAGAACGUA